AAUUUCAGAAUCUUGAUUACAGAAAACGGAUUGAUACGAAAUGUAUCUGACUCGGAGAAUGCAAAGUGGAGGCUUUGCUGUGUAUAGGCAGGGCCUUGCUGAGGUCUUACAAAUAUACAACAAUGUUGAGAGGAAGACGUCUAUGAAUCCAUAUCCGGGGAUUAUUCGGUUCGGAAGAGAGUAUCAUAACCAAAUGUGUCCACAAGGUCUCAAGUUAUCAAACACGGUUAAUGCUGGGAGAUACUUUAGUAAUGUUUCCAAAGACUCCUCCAAGAUGCAACCUUCUCCUUCGAACCAAUGGCUUAAUUUUCCUUCUUGGGGAAGAUGGGUUAUAGGUUCAGCGAUGUCCUUAGUGUUAUCUUUCUGGAACAACAAAAGGAUACAGAAACUAAAACGUAUCGAAGGAGAGGCAGAGUUGGUUGUAGAAGGGGUAGAGGCUGUAGCAGAAAUGGUUGAGAAAGUGGCGACCGCGACUGACCAAAUGGCCGAAGAAAUGGCAGAGAAACUACCGGAGAAGAGUAAAAUGAAACAAGUGGCUUUGGUUCUUGAACAUAUUUCAGAAGUUGCUGCUCAUGAAGCACAUCUAACCCAAGAUUUUCUUCACAAGGUGGAAAAGGUGACGCAAGACUUGGAUGACUUGGAGCAAAUGAUAGAGCCUUUGAUAAACAAAAAAGUGGCAAAUGAUGAAACAAAGCAACAACCUAAAGACGUACAAGAAGAAGCAAACUCUGAGUUGCCUUCACGCCACUAACACAUGCAAAAAAUGAAAUUGUGUCCAUUAAUUUUUUUUUUUUAUUCUUUCAACAUAUAUGUAUAUGUUAUGAUAAAAUUGUUAUCAUUCUAAAAAAAAAAAAAAAAAAAAAUCCUUAUUACAUUGUUGUAUUGUAUCUCUCUUCUUAGAAGAAUCAGAAUUGGUUCGAAGCAUAAGCAAUAUAUAUAAGACAAGAAUUCGGGCCUAAAA